AUGUCCUUCGUCCGGCCUCGACGACUCUUUGAAAGGAAACCUCCAAAAUUGCUCUACCUCUACGGUUUUGAUCCGGAAGAUGAUGAACAGAACGUGGCUGCAGCCGACGUCAGCCUCAACGAAGACCAAGAGGACCGUCUGCCGCGGAAGAUCUUCGUCCGGGUGUUCGAUAUCUUCUUCUUCUGUCUCGCCAUCGUCACUUACCUUUCUGAUUUUAUCUCCGAUAUCUUUGUUGCGUAUCUACAUUUUGCCGCUGGCAGGUACUGGUCCGGAGCGAUUAUUCUCGCGCCAGCUGUAUUGUGCUCCUUGACGCUGAAUAUCGUCAGUAUUGGGUUUAUUUUGGAGGAUGAGCUAGGCCCUAUAGUAUAUUAUAUUCUGGCGAUUCGUCGGGCUAUAAAAUUUCGGAACGAAAAGGACGAGAAAACGGCGAGGAAGCAUUUCCGAAAAAUGGUCGAAGCCGAACGGGAUGCUACGCUUUUACGUUGUUUUGAAGCGUUUCUGGAGUCGCUUCCUCAGCUUUUUCUGCAGGGCACAAUUUUGGCCCAGUAUUUGAAUGGGCAAUUUGUAGCCGGGGAGCUGCCAAUAUGGGGCUGCUCCGUAAUCACGUCUCUCCUUUCCGCCUGCUGGUCGAUCUCAAUUCAUCACCGAUCUCUACGAAUGUCGCUGGGAGAUAAGGUUAAUAUGUAUCCACAUGAGAGCUUUUUGCAGUUUAUCUGGCGUGCCUGCACCGUGCUCUCCCGCUUCAUCAUCAUCAUCCUCGGCUUUAUGGCUUUUGGGGCUUGGAUGGGACUGUUUUUCGGGCUUCACUUUGUGAUCUCACUUUUGCAUAUUACUGCGCUACAGUCCGUCGAAGCCACAUUUCCGGCCAUCGAACUGGGGCUACUCGUUGUAAACUCUUUUAUCCAUCUGACGACACCAUUUAAUAUGGCUGAAGGCAAAACUCGACGUCAAUAUACCGUAGCGUAUACUGUGGAAUUUUUGGAGGGAGCUAUCCUCGCCGCCCUCAUGCUCACCAACAAAUCUUUCAAAUUCCGCUGGAAAUUUGAGUGCAUCGCGACGGCCGGGAUUCUGUUUAUAUUCGGGAUUUCCGUAAUGUGCCUAUACUACGGGUUCUGCCACCCGAAUCGGCGGCGACACCUCAGGAUUGAGUGUGAUGGAGUGAAAAGGGAGAAGACGGUGGAGACUACAGUGGCCCAGGAAAUGGAGGAAAUUACGGAAGCAUCAAUACAGAUCUCAGAAGAGCAACCAAGCACUAGUCAUCACGCUCCAAGUCUUUCAGAA